AUGAGCGAAAGUGAAAUGGAAAACAAUAAAUGCGAGGACUAUAAGUCUAGUGCCCUGCAUGCAACUGAGCAUAAUUGUGACCUUGACGACGCGAAAUCGUCAACGUCUGCGGUAGAAGAAGGGUCCAAAACAAAAUCGAUCCAGUUGGACAUGACAGCUUCUAAUCUGUCAGUACAAGGAGAAGAUUUCCUUGUGGAAGAAACAAAGCAACAAGAGGAUAGUGAUUUUAGUGAUGAUGAAACUGGUGAUCAGUGGACUCUGUCAUCAGUUGUUACAUGGUUUUCAUCAGCGGAGACGCAUUCAAGCAAACCUCGUGCGAAGGAAUCACAAAGUCAAAAGAACCUUAUUUUAUGUGCUGAUGACUCAGAUUGUUCGCUGCCGAUUAUGCCGCAAUCAUUGUCUCCAAUAAAGCGCCCGGGUAUUGAUCCCGAAGAGUCUGUGCUAAAUGAAGAUGAUGCUUCGGUUUCCAAUGGGUCUGUUGCGUCCUUUGUGAGUGCUUUUGGUUUUGGUUUUGGAUCCGGAUCAACUUCUAAAUCUGUGGCAUCUCCCAAGAGAAAAGAUGCAAACGGUCCAAUUGGAAAAGUUAAGUCCCUCUUGGAUGCUCCCAGCAGCAUAGCCUUCAACGACGACACCGAUCGAGCGCUUCAAGUUCUUGAUAAUCUGGAUAUUUUCUUCCUACAGACACACCAGCGACCUGAUCCUCCGGGAUCUGUCAGUUCCCAAUCCCAUGAACAUAACGCCUCUUCGUCUCAACGAGCCCCUACCUCCGGUUCCUCUUCCGAUGCAGGGUCAGCUUAUUGCGAAACACAUCAAUCAAGAUUGGAGCAACGACUAGAAGGCGGGUUCCUAUCGGAACAGCUUUCCUUCUUUCUCAAACGAAACAAAGGAUCCAAUGUGGCGCCGCAAAACUUGAAGCCUCUUUUGGUCAAGUCAUCCACAAAAAUAUUAGAUACGACGGUGGACACUACGAGUGACAACUCAUUUGACAAAAAUUCGCCAAUCGGUCAUGACAAGAUCAUUGAAGAAGUCGACGAAAGUCCGUGUUGGAGAUCGUGGAAGGUGUUGUUCUGUGCACUCUUGCUUUUCGGUGUGAUAAUCUUUGCCACCUUGAUAUCAGUCUCGUCCGAAAAAAUCGAUAUGAGUCUAAUCUCGAUGCAGGUGCAGGAUCUAUCCAUUGCACCUACUCUCCAACCAUCGAGCGCCCCAUCGAAUGACCCAUCGAGCAUCCCAUCCAGCAUCCCAUCAGACAUGCCAUCACUCACUCCGUCAAGUCUUCCGACUACCUCUCUGGUACCCUCUGUUGCUCCAUCUAAGAAUCCUUCUUCAACUCCUUCCCAGAAUCCUACUUAUGAAGAACUCGAAACUACUUUUUAUGCUAUUGGUGACGUUCCAUACCGACAUAAUGAAAGGGUUCAACUUAAGGAUCGUAUGAAAGAGUUACCAACAGACGCCGAGUUCUUGAUUCAUCUGGGUGACAUCCGUACUUCUGGUACGAAUCAAAGGCAACCUUGCCUUAUCCAAGACUACCAAGAGGUUCACAAUACCCUUAGGCUGUCUAAGGUUCCAGUAUUCAUCAUUCCAGGAGACAAUGAGUGGAACGACUGCCCUAAUCACGUAGAAGCAAAGCGCUUCUGGACAGCAAGUUUCAAUGAGUUUGACAAGAACUGGGAUCACUCAUUCCAAGUCCAACGACAUCCCGUGGAGCCAGAAAACUUUUUCUUUGUCCACAAACGAACCUUGUAUUUCGGGCUCCGCCUGUUGGGCGGAAGAAUCCGAGAUCGUGGAUCCUUUAACAAUGACUUGCGAGAUAAGUUCGAGUUUGUGAAGUCAAUGAUUGACCAGCAUGUGGUUGCUGGCGAUGCCGUGAAUGUGGUCAUUUUCGGGCACGCAUUUCCUGUCCCACAUCACGAUCCAUUCUUUGGACCUCUGCGACAGUACAUGAGAGUCAACCUUAACGAUAAGGUUCCGAUCCUGUACUUGAAUGGUGAUUAUCACUUCUAUCAAUCUCAAAAGAACUACAUGGGGUUCUCCAAUUUCAAUCGACUGCAAGUGGCUCAAGGGACAGCCCAACCGCCCUUGAAGAUCGAAGUUACAGCGUCAAACAGUCCAGUGUGGAAUGCAACAGAGGCAUUUAAACAUGACAGGAUGCUAUGGCUUAGUCUAUGA